AUGCACUCCAAAGUAGCCGCCGCAGCCCUCAUCGGGCUUGCCUCCGUCGCCGGCGCCACCCCUGCGGCGCCCCGCGGCGUCCUCCCCGUGCACAACGAUUUCUCCUGCAAGCCGAGCGCCGCCCACCCGAACCCGGUCGUGCUCCUGCACGGCCUGGGCGCCACCUACUACGAGAACAUCAACUUUCUCGAGUACUUCCUCCAGCAGCUCGGCUUCUGCACCUUCUCGCUGACCUACGGCGCCCUCGACGGCUUCCCCUUCGUCGGCGGCCUCAAGCCCAUCGACGAGUCGUCGCAGCAGAUUGCCGACUUCAUCAAGCAGGUCGCCAGCAAGACCGGCGCCUCCAAGCUCGACCUGGUCGGCCACUCCGAGGGCGCCUUCCAGUCGCUGUACACGCCCAAGUUCCGCGACGGCAUCGCGCCGCUGCUCGAGCACGUCGUCGCCAUCGCGCCCCCGACCAACGGCACCACCUUUGCCGGCCUGUGGAACAUCGCGCCGCUGCUCGGCGCCAACUCGCGCCAGGACAUCGGCGCCAUCCUGGAAAAGUACGGCUGCCCGCCCUGCGACGAGCUGUCCGUCGGCGGGCCCGGCGUGCUCAAGCUCAACGACGGCACCCCCAUCCGUCAGCCCGGCACCAAGCUCACCAUCAUCACCUCCAAGUACGACCAGCUCGUCACGCCCCCGGAGACGGCCUUUGUCCACGAAGACGGCGUCAACAACAUCUUUGUCCAGGACUACUGCCCCCUUGACCCCGUCGGCCACGUCAACGAGGGGUACGACACCAACGUCUGGAACCUGGUGCUCAACUCGCUCUCCGACCAGGUGGGACGCAAGUUCCUCUGCCUCGCUGGUUCUCCGGGCAAAUAA